AUGGCGCAACAGGCGAUACCAGAAGCAUCUACGUCGACCUCGCCGGAGCUUUCACCGGCGAGAUACGUAGACUUCCCAUGUGUCCAGCCUGAUGCUACCGACAAGGAGGGGAAGCUCGUUCUAAACAGAUACUCGACGUUUCUGACUCGAGAGCAUGACUUUCCCGGUGCAAAGGUCGGUGACAAAAACCUUGCAAUGCUCUACGCUGCCGGGGUUCCGGAUGAAGCUGCCAUGAAAAACAGCCCCCACGUCGGGAUCGCAUCAUAUGCACUCAUGCGCGCCGAAGUGCUGGAUCUGAGCAAAGCUGUCAAGACCGCAGUGCAGAAAAAAGGCUUCCUCCCUUGGCAGUACAGUACCGUUGGCGUGUCGGACGGUAUCGCCCAGGGACAUGAAGGCAUGAGAUUUUCCCUGCAAUCGCGGGAACUGAUCGCGGACAACAUCGAGACCAUCACCUGCUCACAAGCCCACGACGCCUGCAUCGCGAUCCCGGGGUGCGACAAGAACAUGCCAGGGUGCGUCAUGGCAAUCGCGCGCCACAAUCGGCCUUCGGUCGUCAUCUACGGAGGCACUGUGCAGCGGGGCUGCAGCAAGCUGCUUCGGCGGCCGAUCGACAUCAACACCUGCUACGAAGCGCAGGGCGCAUAUCUCUUCGGGGCUUUGGCAUCUUGGGACAAGGACGGCAAGGCUUCGCCGGAGGACAUCCUGUCAGACAUUGAGAGGCACGCGGUGCCGGGCCCGGGUGCCUGCGGGGGCAUGUACACGGCGAACAGCAUGGCCACCAUCAUUGAGACCUUGGGCUUGUCUCUCCCCGGCUCCUCGAGCAGCCCGGCUGCUUCGCCGUCGAAGAUGAAAGAGUGCGAAAAGGCCGCGGAGGCCAUAGAAAUCUGCAUGGAAAGGAACAUCCGUCCUCGCGACCUUCUGACUAAGGAGUCUUUCGAGAACGCCUUGGUCGUUUCCAUGGCCGUGGGCGGCUCGACCAACACAGUCCUCCACAUGCUGGCUAUGGCAAAGACCGCCGGCGUGCCCCUAACCCUCGCAGACUUCCAGCGAGUUUCGCAAAAGACACCACGGAUCUCGAACCUCUUGCCGAGUGGCAAAUACAGCAUGGAGGAUCUGCACAAGAUUGGGGGCAUCCCUUCUGUGUUGAAGCUUCUGAUUGCAGGCGGCCUCGUCAACGGCAAGCUGAUGACUGUCACGGGGAAAACGAUGGAGGAAAAUGUCUCGAGCUGGCCCUCCCUGCCACUAGACCAGGACAUCAUCCGCCCGCUCUCCGAUCCCGUCAAGCAGACCAGCCACAUCACCAUCCUGUACGGCAACGUUGCGCCGGGAGGCGCUGUGGCCAAAAUCACGGGCAAAGAGGGCGUCCGCUUCACGGGCAAGGCGCGGGUGUUUGAGCGAGAAAGCGGGCUGGUCGCCGCGCUGAACAAAGGAGACCUCCCCAAGACGGAGAACCUGGUCUUGGUCGUGCGCUACGAAGGGCCCAAGGGCGGGCCGGGGAUGCCCGAGCAGCUCAAGGCCUCUGCGACGCUGAUCGGCGCAAACUUUAGGAACAUAGCGCUCAUCACGGACGGGAGGUACUCGGGUGCUAGCCACGGGUUCAUCGUCGGGCACAUCGUCCCCGAGGCCGCGGUCGGGGGUCCCAUCGCGGUCGUGGAGGAUGGCGAUGAGAUCACGAUCGAUGCCGAGGCCGGCUCGAUCUCCAUGAAUGUUAGCGAUGCUGUGAUUAGGCAUAGACUGGAGGCCUGGAGACCACCUAGACGAACAGUCACGAGGGGAACCCUGGCCAAGUACGCCGCGCUGGUUGGCAGCGCCUCUGAUGGGGCUGUCACCGACCUGUUCUAG